AAGCCAGAAGCAAACUAGUACUAGAAAAGCUAGAUGAUGUUUAUUAUUAGAUCGCUUCUCCAUGCCUUUUGGCUUCCUCGUGUGUAAUUAUUUAAGUAGUUGUAUACUAGGACGAGGCUGCUUCAGAAAAUGUUGCAACGGGAUCAAGCCACUGCCAGGGGCAAGGUUGUGGAUGAUCCUGCUCAGAUGGUUCUCCCAAAUGGAAACGCUUCCAGCUCACGACAAGCAGAGGCCGGCACAUCAAAAGAAGCUGGCCCGCUGCUGGAUAAGCAUUUCGACCAAAGUCAACGCAUUGAACCGAAGAAAGACGCCAGGCGAUUCCAGAAGUUGGCCACGCUGUUGAAGAAGGAGACCCUAGUGGGAAUUAAGAAGCUGACGCAGGACCCGGCGGCGACAGAUAUUGGGUAUAGAUUGGAGCCUGAUGGCACCUCCAGGGGAAUCCUGGAGGCUGGUGAAAGUGGAAGAGAAGUCCGGCGUGGCACCAAGUGUGUGGCUAACCUUGUCCCGGAAACUACAAUGGCGAACAGCGUCAACGUCUGA